GUUAAAUUAUAAGUUAUGGAGUCAAUAAGAAGCACCUGUGAAUUAUAUGAUUACCAAGUGGACAAUCCUUCGCCAGGGACAAUACUUAGAAAUGCUUUUAAUUAUCUUAAUGAUUCUGAUCCUUUACUGUCUUCCACUGCUGUAAUAACAGAUGAUCUAGACUUAUCAAAUAAAGAAAAUAUAUGCCAAAAUAAAGAUAUGUCAGUUAGUAACUUACUUGACCAGUGGGAACUACCUGAAUUAAAAGAACUUUUUAAAAAAAAUUACGUUGACUUAAAGGCUUUAGCAUACGCUCGUCAUGAGCAUUUGGAAGAGCUUAAAAAAGAAAUUCCAUGGGGACUGAGAAUAAAGUUUGAACACGAACUGUUCAAAUGGCAAAAAGAGAUGAACACCUUCACGAACGACAAAGAGAGUACAAAUAUGCAAAAUUUGACAAUGCAAAAAAAUGUCAUGGACAAUAUUGGGUCCGCUCCAGAAGGCCCUGGUGUCUCUGAUAAAGGGGCUAUAGCCUCCAAUAAUCAAAAUAGCGAUGGUGAUAACGUAGGUGGCUCACAAUAUAUAUUUGAGGAUUUAAACACAAAUGCUGCCUUAUCAGUGAACCCUGAAAAAGAAACUGAAACUUUUGAUCCGAUACCAAGUACGAGCCGAGAAGCUUCAUCAGUGGUUGAUUUAAAAUCAAUUUUAAAUAAUUAUGCUGAGGGUAGAGCCAUCCUACAGUUGUGUAACAAAGGCAAGAAGGAAAUUCCGGAAUCCCAUAAGCAAAUAUUAGUGGAUAAAACCGUAGAUUAUUUUAUUCAAAAUGGUUUAAAACUAAAUGUGACAGCAUCGGAUACAAUCUCCCAGCAAAUUAAAAAACUGUUUCCCGAUGAAGUGGUGGAAUACUACUUUGCACCUCAAGGUGGUAAAGCUCCAAAAGGAAAGCUGUUGGCUAAAUUUUAUAAUCAAAUUAGAAAGCUAAAAACUUGUGGACUAGUGGAAGCAAAACUACUAAAAAGAAAGCAUUCCAAGUCGCCCAGCGAACCUUUACCUGAACCAGAAGAAGACUCUGAAAAUAUAAAAAAGAGAUUAAAAUAUGCACAAGAAGGGGAAAGAUGGGAAGAAAUAAAAACGUUGUGGAGGUCUUCCCAAAAUUAUAGAAAAAGAAUGUUACUCGAGAGCAAUGCCGAAAAUGUAGUGGAUUUUUUAAAGGAAUGGCCCGCUUAUAAAAAUCCCAUGGGAUAUACCUUGAUUGAAAUUGACUUUAAACUUACCUUUCCUGACGCUGAAAAUAAUAUUUUUACUAAAUGGGUGCCAUUUUCUGACAAUGUCUUGGAUAUUUUUAAAUCUAAAAUAAAGGACAAGCUGUGCAAACAAAUUCUUGAAAAAUAUUUAAAUGAUGUUGAAAACAUUUCAGAAGAAGGAAAAAAUGCUGUAAUACUCCAUACAAUCCAUGCUGCCUUAGUUCCUACGUCAAAAAGAGUUAUAAAAAGUGGAAAGAAAAAAACCUUGGAAAAAUGUACCAUAACAGAUUCUCAAGACUCAUUUAUGCUAACGGGACAUAGCAUAACAGAGAUAGAAGAAAAACUUCUCAGACAGAAAAGUCGUCAACUGCCAGUACAGCCACUUUUAGUUGUUCUCUUAGAGGAUACACUUUUUCAACCAAAACAAUACCUUGUAUAUUUUGAUAAUGUAAAGUACAAAUUUUUUUCAGUUAUAUCGGCGCUAAAUUGCUGUUUUCAAAUAUUACAUGUUUUUAAUUUAAAGUACCCAAUAGAAUGUCAAGCUGUAUGGCUUUUCAUACAAAAAUUUUUGUACAACAUCAAAACAGAGUACGACGUUGUACUGCCAAAUGUAACAAUUUUUAUUAAUGAAUUAAACAAGCGCAUUAACGCUGAUUAA